GUCAAUUAGGAGCUUCGCGAUGCACUAGAGACGGAAGUAUAUCGGUAUAGAGCGUUCUCCACGAAUCCUAUGUCCUACGGUUUCCUUUUAGUAUUUGAUAUCCGGACGCCGCACCCCUGAUCCACAUCAGGUAGUUCUCAGGCUCAGGUGAAUGCUACCUGUGAUGCAAAAUACUCAGUGAGCACUCCUCUGAGCGCCCUCAUGAAAGCACGGGCAUCCAGAAGGGGGAAGCCAAUGUGGUUCUAGAAAUUCCAUUUUAUACAGUGGCAUAUAUAUUCCUGUUAAUCUCUACAAAUACAUCCUACACAUCCAACCCACCUACAGACACAAUAAUCAUGUCAGAUCCAUACCCAGAACCCCCCUGUCCCUUCUGCGCAAUCGCAUCAAAUCACCCACCCAGCCCACCAUCACAAUGUUCACCGGAACCCGCAGACAAGGAAUCAACAGCAGGCAAGGCAUUCAUCGUCCUGUCGACCAAGUAUCUCCUAGCGUUUCUGGAUAUCAUGCCUCUGUCGAGGGGACAUGUGCUCGUCGUAACGAGGAAGCAUUAUAGGACGCUCGAUAAAGUGGGCGUUGAGCUCGGGAUGGAGUUGGGGAAAUGGCUCCCUGUUGUCUCCAGAGUCGUGAAUAAGACUGUUACGGGAGAUGUCGGUGACGGGGCUGAUUCGCAGCCUCAUUGGAAUGUUGUCCAGAAUAAUGGUGAGUGGAACAGAUCUAACAAAUUAAAAUCAAAAAUAAACAGAUGGAGAGAGAGAGAAAGAUGUUUAUUUACAUUUCUUUUAUUACAGGCGCCAGGGCCGCUCAAGUGGUCCCCCAUGUUCAUUUCCAUGUCGUCCCUAGACCACCGUUAAAGGUCCCCGGUCCCGCUGCGAGGCCGAACUUCGCCAUGUUCGGUCGUGGGCAGAGGGAGGACCUUGACGAUGAGGAGGGAGAGGAAUUGGCGAGGGCCAUGAGGGUGGAGAUGGAGACGGAGGUCAAGAGGGUUCGAGAGGAGGAAGGGAUCGAUUUGGAUGUGGAUAUGGAUUACUCGGUGUAUCGGAGACGGCAGGGGAAUUUGUAAAUAUUCAUUUCUAAGAUUGAUCCUCAUACCGUAUUUCUUGGGUAAUGUUUAGUUUUUUUUUUAAUCAUGA